AUGCAGCCCGACUUCGACAUCACACGCAGCGGCAGCGGCAUUCCGGGCCCGCCACCAGAGGUCGAGCCCCUCUCCCCCAAGAGGACACUGUCGAUCGUUGACGAGUCGCCCUCGCCUCCUUCACCCCAGCUCAGGCGGCAGACUGCCAUCCGACGAGACGGCAGCUCGCCGGACCUCAAGGCCAGAUCGUCGCGGGCAUAUCUCGGGAGGAUCUCGUCCCCGCUGCACCACGAGCUGGCCGCGUCGGCCCACGCCACGCAAUCGUCCUUGGCCGACCUGACCACUAGCGAGACGUCAUCUGAGGGUGCCGCCACCGUCCGAGCAGGAGCGCGCAUCCGAAACGGCAGCAUCUCGAGGAACGGCACCUCGAAGCUUGCGCUGAGCUUUGCCCAGGGCGACGACGACGACCCGACCGGCAUCGUCGCUCACAAGCGGCUCUCUGCGCUCUCGGGAGACGAUCCGCGGACGCCGCGGCCGCGCGACGCGCACACAGACUCACCCGUGUCGGCGACGUCGAGCUACGACAGCGAGGACGACAAGCAGCUGCUCACCCCGCUGGACGGCUCCGGCUCAUCGAUAGCGCUCGACGACGCCGCAAUGGCGACGCCGCUGUCCGACUCGUUCUCGAGGGCGUCGAUCUCGACGCCUCCAGAGCCGCUGACGGCGGCGAGGGUUGGGAUGAGGCUCGGCAUCGGCAACAUCGGUGCUUCGACGGACGUCGGCAGUCUCGGGAUCGGACUCGACGGUCGUCGCGGCAUGCCGGACGCGACGCCUUCGCCGAAGCCCGACGACGACCUCAGCAAGCGGGACCUGUCGGCUCCCAUGAUGCGCACCACGAGCAGCAGCCAGCGGGCGCCGGUGCUGUCGCGGGAGACGCUCUACCAGAUCGGCACCGUGGCCGGCCUCACGCCGCCAGUCAGCUCCGUCACGGCGACGGGCGGUCUGCCGACCGAGGUCAGCAGCGUCGUCAGCAACGGCCUCGAGAUGGGCCUCGGCGUCAACCUCGCCUCGUCUGCCCUGAUCAACAGCAUCCCCGGUGCCACGUCGGCCGUCUCGGGCCUGGCAGAGCCACGCUACCACCGGCCCGGCGGCACCUCGUACGACAGCGCUCCGCUGCAGAGGGACGCUUUCAGCCCCGUCCUCACCGACCGCGCUCCUGCUCAGGCGGCACCAAAGCCGCAGACUCGAUCGCAGUCGCCGUCCACCGACGGCGCCGAGAGCGACCUGCACCGGCGCCGGACGACGGGCUGGAUGGAGGGCAACGGACGCCGGCCGGACCCUUCGAGGCAGGCCCGGCACCACCGCGCCGACACCCACGACCCCAUCAUCAGCCACGCGCGCUCGCAGCUGCUGCAGCAGCAGCACGAGAAGCAGCAGCACCACCAGAACAACUACAUCUCGCUCCGCAGCAGCCCGAUGAUUACGACGCAGGACCUGCCGAUCGGCUACAUGCUCGACAUGCCCCUGUCUGCCGAGACGAGCCUCGACCGCAACUCGUCGCUGGGCGGCCACAGCAGCACCCGCGCCCGCGCCUCGAUCAGCGGCAGCACGCAUCCCGAGACGCCGUCGUUUGGAGAGCACGCGACGCUCUCGCCAGACGCCCACAUGCACGCCGACGGCCUCAACCCGUUCCAGCUGCGCGGCGACGGCAUGCGCGGCGGCGCCGGACGCGCCAACCGCGCCCACGACCACCCCGUGGCCGAGGUCCUGCCUCGACUCAUCUCCGACAUCCCGCUCACCGGCCACGAGGGCGAGACGGUGACGAUCGCCGAGUACGGCUGCCUCAAUACCCGGUCGGUGCAGCUGAUGCAGCCCAUCAUCUCGUGGUUCGCCGAAAAAGCACAGCAGGGCGCCUCGCCGGCCAACACCGCCGCCGAUGCUGCUGCCGACCCGUCGACGGGCUACUUUGGCCUCGGCGGAGAGCCGUCGCUCGGUGCGUCGAUGCGCACCGCGCUCGGGUCGGGGCCCAAGAGCGACGUGCCCUGCCGGGUCAACUUCUCGAUCGUCCACGAGGACUCGCCCCAGGCCGACUUCCGCCCGGUGGCCCAGACGCUCAACAGCAGCUCUGAUUCGUACCUCAACAGCCACUGGCAGGCCACCCACGAGCCUUCGCUGCAGAACGCCAUCUUCCAGAGCUUCGUCUCGCGGCCGUUUGCGUCUCGGAUCGUGCCGCCGUCGACCGUCCACCUGGGCAUCAGCCUCAUGGAUCUGCACUGGAGCCACACGCCGCGCAACCCGGCCGUGUCUCAGGCGACGUCGGCGCACGCCGAGCUCACCGCGUUCCUCACCGCCCGCGCGCACGACCGGCUCGCCGACGACGGCGGCGGCGGCGGCGGCUCCGUCGUCGACCUGUCCGAUGCCAUGUCGCCGCCCCCGAGCGUACCCGGCGUCUUCCGCGAGCGGAGCCGGUCCAACUCGACGCCCAACCGGCCGACGGUGACGUCCCCGACGUCGACGUCGACGCGGAGGAGCACCGACAUCUGGACCACGCUGACCGACACGCUGGCGCCCUGCCUGCAGCGGCUGGUGUCGUGCGGCAUGCUCAAGAGCGACGUGGCGCGCCACCUGCUGACGUUGCCCAUGCACCCGCGAACGCCCAAGCAGACGCAAAACGUGCUGCGCUCGGUCAAGCACCUGUGGAGCGUCGAGUGGAGCUGCGGCCUCGACGAGGCGCUGCCGCCGAGCGAGGACCACACGCCGACCGGGGCGAGCGAGCUGCGCAGCGAGGCCGAGCCGUUGCGCCUGCCGCACCCGGCGUGGAAGGCGCUGCAGGCGGGCACGCUGUCGCGCGUGGCCUUCGCCGAACACAUGAUCCAGCUCUUCAAGAACCUGUACGAGGCCCACUUCCGCGUCAUUCUGCGCGAAAAGGGGCGGCUCAGCAAAGGGGCGGUCGAGUUUGUGCUCGACUCGCUCUGGGAUGUGCUGCAGUCGCGCAUCGACGAUCAGGAGCCGUGCCCGAUUGCCCAAUGCGAGCUCGAGGUGCAGGUCGUCGCGCUGCGCAGGCUCUGA